AUGACAAUCGAAAAUCUACUUACAUCCCUCCGCACGGAUGGCGACAAGAUUACCAUUAUAGACCAGCUACUUCUUCCACACCAAGAAAAAUGGAUCGAGGUCGACUCAAUCGAGGCUGCAUAUGAUGCGAUCAAGUCGAUGAAGAUACGAGGUGCACCUGCAAUUGCAUCCCUUGCCGCUCUUUCGCUUGCGUCCCAUCUAUCUAUUGCCCUCAAGUCCGACCCUCAACCCGCAUUCCUAGCGUCACCAAACGCGCUCCGAGACCAUGUUCUCCCCCAACUCAGCUAUCUCUAUUCAUCCCGUCCUACUGCAGUAAACCUUGGUGCUGCUACUCGCCGACUACAAAAUACUCUGCAAGCUGGCCUUGAUGCCGGUCACAGCGCCGAGGAUAUUGCCAAUGCCUUGGUCAAGGAAGGGCGCGCUGUGGCGGACGAGGAUUUUGGAAGAAACCGGGAAAUGUCAAAACACGGCGCAGAGUGGCUCGUAGAGCGUGUAAAAGCGGAAGGCGGAGAAGCAUCUGGUCUCAACGUCAUGACGGUGUGCAAUACUGGGAGCUUGGCAACCUCGGGAUAUGGUACUGCUCUUGGCCUCAUCACCCAUCUAUUUGAGCAAGGACAGUUGGGGAAAGCCUACUUUACUCAGACUGCGCCUUACCAUCAGGGCACUCGUCUUACGGCCAUGGAACUCGUAACGAUUGGAGCCCCUACUAUUCACGCAGUAGCUGUAGGCGCAGACCGAGUUGCUCGCAAUGGAGACACCGCGAACAAAGUUGGCACUUAUAAUGCUGCGGUCAUAGCCGCAAGACACAAUAUUCCGUUCAUUGUGGUUGCACCUGUGAGCACCAUAGAUCUGGAUACACCCGACGGCUCCAAGAUACCUAUUGAACAACGGCCGGGCGUAGAGGCUUGCCUGGUUCGCGGGGCCGUUUACCCUCCAUCAAGCUCUGCAUCGGAGCCCGAACUGACCCAGGUUCUCCUGACUCCACCUGCUUUGAAUCACACGACAUCAGUUUACAACCCGGCAUUUGACGUCACACCGGCAGGCUCAUCACCGCCAUAG